GGGGGCCUAGGCACCAGCUUUACUGGUGCAGGAGGAUGUUGAGGACACAAUUGAAGUAUAUGAGAGGUUGGAUGGGGUUAAUAAUGAUACAUUUGAGGGCUUAGGUGACUCAGAUGAGGACCAUCAUAUGAUUGAGUAUAAAAUUGAUGAUGUUCCCACUGAUAAUUUUAAUGUUAACUUUACUCUUGCAUCUGAUGCUAUCCAAGAGAGAGGAAAGAAAAGAGUUAGCUCUACUUUGCAUGAUAAGAAAUGCAAGAAGGUUGGGGGUGCUGCACAACUAUCUCAGCAAUUGAGUCGUCUUAUUGAUGCAGUGGAGAAGAAAAGUACAGUGCCAUCCAAGAUGAUUGAUAAACCUGGACGUAGUAUCGAUGAGGUGAUGGACGUAGUGCAUAUGAUGCCUGAGAUGGUAGCACAACCUGAACUGCUUUUGAUUGCUGCUGAGGUGCUCCUUAAAAGAGAACAUCGAGAGAUGUUUAUGGCACUCCGAGAUACCAAUCUUCGAAUUGAAUGGCUCAAGCGAAUGUCAAACUUACAUAAGUAGUUGUUGACGUACUAUUAUGGCAAUAUGUUUUGUAGUUUUAAUUAUGAACUUCUAUUAUAGAAUGAUGAUGGACUAUAUGUAUUUGUGGUAUCUCUUGGAUAAUGUAUCGUGGAUGCUAUUGAUUUUAUGGAUAUUAUAGAUGUUAUGAUUUUGUGAUAUUAUAUGUAUUUGCAUUAUAUGUUUAUAUAUCAUUUGUUUUAUUUGCUACAGAUGUUUUAUUUUUUGCAUAAUAUGUUUUCUACAGGUAUGGGCAGCAUUGACAAUAGUUCUGAGGAGAAUUAUUCCAGUGAAGAUGAGAUAGUUGAUGAUGAUAAUUAUAAUAUUCUACUAACUGCAACUGUUGGUAUGGUUACUGAAUAUUACACAAAAUAUAUUGAAAAGGAGCCUUGUAGGACCUCUUAUCAAACCGGAUACAAGUUUGUAUCAGAAAUUUUACAUGGCAAUCCAUAUAGAUGCCAACAACAAUUUCGAAUGGAAAAACAUGUAUUUAUUAAUCUGUGCAUGGAAUUGAAAAUCAAAUAUGGUUUAAAGGCUUCUAGAUAUAUUCCUGUUGAGAAGCUGGUGUCUAUGUUUUUGAUGAUUCUAGGACAUGGGUUUGGGAAUAGGAUGGUUCAAGAAAGAUUUCAACAUUCCGGAGAAACAGUUAGUAGAUAUUUCACCCAUGUUUUAAAUGUUGUUUUAAGGAUGUCCAAGGAUAUUAUUAGCCCGCUGGAUAAAGAGUUCAAAAAUAUUCCAAGUAAAAUCCGCAAUGAUCAUCGUUGGUGGCCUUAUUUUAAGGACUGCAUUGGAGCAAUUGAUGGCACCCAUAUACCAGUGAAAAUUUCUUCAUCCAAACAAGUACCAUAUAUUGGCCGAAAAGGGAUUCCUACACAAAAUGUUAUGGCUUGUUGUGAUUUUGAUAUGCGUUUCACUUUUGUUUGUGCUGGAUGGGAAGGUACUGCUCAUGAUACUCGUAUUUUUUUAGAUGCUAUACACAGAAAAGAGCUCCAAUUUCCACACCCACCUAGAGGUAAAUAUUAUUUGGUGGAUGCAGGAUAUCCUCACAUGUUGGGAUAUAUGGGGCCUUACAAAGGGGAGAGGUAUCAUUUACCAGAUUUUCGACGUGGAAGUCAACCAAAGGGUAUGCAUGAAAUCUUUAAUCAUGCACAUUCCUCCCUGAGAUACACUAUUGAGAGGACAUUCGGAUGCUGGAAAAGUAGAUGGAGAAUGUUGAGUACCAUGCCCAACUUUUCUUAUCAUAAACAAGUCCAAAUUGUGGUGGCUUCCAUGGCUAUUCAUAAUUUUAUUAGAAAUCAUGCAAUCAAAGAUUUGGAGUUUCAGCCUUAUGAUGAUAAUGAGGAUCUACUCCCUUCUGAUUGUUUAGAGAUUAAUGAACCACAGGAAGAACUGAGUGCAGAGCAAAGCCAAAUAUUGGGUAACCGUGAGAUGGAUAUUCUGCGUGAUCAUAUUGCUUCUCAACUUAUAGCUCGUUGACUUCUGAGUGCAGUGCAAUUCCACAUGUUGUUUUAUUUUGUAUUUGACCAAACAUGAAUGUUCGUUGUAUUUUUGUUGCUACUACGUCAACAAUGUAAAAAAGUAUGAACAAGGUAAAGUUAGAGAGGAUGGAUAUUAACUAUGUGCAAUCCUUGAUUAA